AUGAGGAAAUUCUCUUCUCCAUCAGUACCCGAUCAUUCGAGAACGACAUCAGCAUUCAGCGACAAUAGUUCUGUUGGUCCCGGGCAAAGAAACCCUUUCGCAACCCCGCCAGCCUCGGUAUUCGGUGCCACAUCUGCGUUCCAACACGGUUCAGAUUCUUCUGCAGGAGCCCAAUAUUUUCGUUCAAGACGUAUUCGAAAAGACGAUGUCGGUCAUGAACCACCAAAGUUCAAGAAGGAUCCGAAAGAGAAAUGGCUGUGUAUCAUUCCUAUGCUUGGCCUCUUGACCGGUGUCGCUAUCACGGGUGUGUUAAUAUACCUGAAGAUUGGUCGAAUAGUAUCUCACCAAUACUGUCCUGUACUGGAUGAUGACUUCUCAACGGGCACACUGAAUCCAAGUAUUUGGACAAUGGAGCAGGAAGUGGGCGGCUUUGGGCGAUGCGACAGGAAUGGGCAGUUCGAUCAGACGACAGCAGAUGCAGAGAAUGUCUUCAUCAAAGAUGGGCAACUUUACCUCAAGCCCACACUUCAAGACGAAUCGUUGAUCACAGCCAACACUGUCAUCAAUCUCACCGCAACGGGCUUGUGCACAUCUGACGUGUGGUCAAGUUGUGUGGCAUCUACCAACAUCACCAACGGUACCAUCAUCCCACCAGCUAAAUCCGCACGCCUCAAUACCAAGAUCGGUGCCACCAUCAAGUACGGCCGCGUCGAAGUAAAGGCAAAGAUUCCUAAGGGAGAUUGGCUCUGGCCUGCUAUCUGGAUGUUGCCUGUCACCGAUACGUACGGAGCCUGGCCAGCAAGUGGAGAGAUUGAUAUCAUGGAAUCAAGAGGCAACAACCACACGUACAGUCUUGGAGGUAACGACCUGGUCUCCUCAACUUUGCACUGGGGCCCUGAUGCUGCCAAUGACGCCUAUAUCCACACCACCAAUUUCAAGAACUCGCUGCAUUCCGAGUAUGGUGACCAAUUCCACACCUAUGGUCUUGAAUGGAGCGAAAAGUAUCUAUUCACGUUCGUGGACACGAGAUUACUUCAAGUCUUUUACAACACCUUCUCGAAGCCAUUCUGGAACCAAGGAGGCUUCCCUUAUACGGAUGCCAAUGGUACCCGAUUCGUGGAUCCAUGGAGCCAAACCGGAAGACCACAGACUCCUUUUGAUCAGGAGUUCUAUCUGAUCCUCAACGUCGCUGUGGGUGGUCAGAAUGGCUGGUUCAAGGAUGGAGAAGAUGGGAAGCCGUGGAUCGAUAACAGUGCCACUGCGCGAAAGGAUUUCUGGAAUGCCCGCGACAAGUGGUAUCCCACAUGGAGCGAGAACGGACAGAUGAUUGUGGACAGGGUACAGAUGUGGCAACAGUGUUAG